AUGGGUGGUAUACCUUACAAGUCCCUUGGCUGUGGCACAUGCAAGAAGCGCAAGAUUAGGUGUGAUCUUGGACUACCAGGAUGCGCUCGAUGUAUUAAGAAAGGGACACCAUGCCCGGGUUACGAGAAGGGCCGAAAUUUUGUUCACCACACCGUCGUAACAAGGCGAGAGAACCAAGGAAUGACAAAACGACCGAUUGCCCAGCUUGUUGGACACCUGAAACCUCUCGCAUUGCCAGAGACAUUUAGCAUGAGCGCUGAAGUGCGCACGGAACUAUUUUCAGACUUCUUCAGCUCAUACUUCCCGGUUGGACUAGGCCAGAAUGACAAGAACGAUAGCUUAUAUUAUUUGAUGACCCGGUUCCCUGCCAUGGCAGGAGAGUCUGCGCUGCUUGAUCGAGCAGUCAUCGCACUUGCAGCAGCGUGGGUAGGAAAAAUGAAGAACGAUGAAGUGCUCAAACACCAAGGGACUGAGCUUUACAGUAAUGCAAUCCAUUUAUUGGCACGCAGGCUUAGUGAUGGAUCGCUCCCGACCGCUGACGUAUUAUUCGCGGUGGUCAUAUUUAUGAAUUAUGAGAUUGUACAACAGAGUGGCAUAGUAAAUUGCUUAACUCAUAUAAGGGGCGCUAAGGCCCUGCUGAAAAAUUACCAACAUGAUGCCGACGACCAGUUGAUCCAAGCAAUUAAUACCCAGCAAAAGUGGGGAUCAAUGUACUUUCUUACCAAAAUGCCCCAAAGAAAAGGAUUAGAUUGCCAGGAUGAAACACACGCAGAAGGCGACGGCCCGCUCAGUGAACUAUUCCGUCUAGUGGCAGAGACUUCUUUUCUACUAGAUGAGUUAGAUCGCAUUUGUGAGCUUGGAUACUCGGACAUGACAACGGCUUGCGAAGGCCUUUUACAAAGUUGCAAUGAUUACGAAAAUAGGCUUCAAAUGAAAUGGCUUGCAGAGGAUGCCAUCAAUCUCGACGGAGAACCUGUUCCCUGUUCACCUAUGGAACUUGAUUGCUCCACUGACGUCUUACCAUGGAGUCACUACCUCCAACCAUACACAUUUGAAUCCAUCGAAACUGCAACAACAUACCUCCUCUUCUGGGUCGCUUCUGUCAUCGUUCGUCGGGUUAUCUACCGGGUCGAGAGUAUUAUGGGUUGGAACGCCGACUCAACACAACUUCUAUUUUUCGCGAGCGAGAUUUCGAGGACAGUAGCUUACUGCUUGCAACCACAAAAUCGGAUGUGCACUGGGAAUGUACUCUGUUUUGGCAUAUCACAGGCCAAUAUGGGUUACGUGGACUGUGGACACGAACAAGGGUUCCUCUGGAGUCAACAAAUGUAUCAGGUUCUUCAAGAAAAGGGGUUCGAUAUUGCCUCCAUGAGAAGUGGACUGGAGUGGACAUGUUGGAAGGAGGCUGAGACCCAAAGGGAUGGAAUGCAUCAUGAUGUAGCGAAUUUGGCUUUUUGA